GAUCCAAUUAAAUGGCGUUGUUCGAUCAUGCAAAUUUUUAAAUGAAAUCGAACGACGCGAUUUGAUUUUCGUAUUGUGAUCGUACACACACGUAAAUCGAACGAAACCAGAUAUCGUUCCGGGGUCUAGAAGUCGGAUUAAGUUUUAGAUUCGAAAACAUAUCUUGCCCAUUAACGGCAAACGAGGCUACAUUGCAUCGACUCGAGCGCGCGUAUUUGUCAAUGUAGCACGUCUUCGAAGAAUCGUAGCGAGAAUAGAUACGCAUUAAAUGCUCGCCUUUCGCGAGUAUCCAUCCAUAUCUCUUCAUUCUUUAUUCCAUUCUUCUUAUUUAAUUUUUCGUCAAUAUUUAUUUCCUUUAUUAGAAAACUACUUUAUUAGAGACUUAAGCGUAUAUGAUUUUUACGAAUUUCAUUCAUUCGUCUCACAACCGAAGAAAGAAUUGAAUAGGAACGAAAAGGAAUAAUUAUCCGAUUCGUCGAUCUCGAGACAAAAUUAAGUGAAUAUCAGAGAGAGAAAAAGAAAGAAAAAGAUCCGUGUCCAGUCGUAUAGUAGUUGGUAAAAAAUUGGCGCGUGUUAGGGGCUGGGAAAUGCAUAGAUACGAGGGAUGUAGCUAAGCCCACGCUCUUUCGACCGAUAACUCCGCGGACGAGUGGCGAAGAUCGGUGGUGAGAGGGUGAUGGAAUGAGAAAGAGAGGGAGAGAGGAAAAGAGGCACGUGGGACAAAAGAGAAGUCGGGAUUGGUUAAGCCGGUUGGAAAAGCCCGCCUGGCUCCUCGGCCGGCCGGCACUUCGCUCAGUUCUCCACUGCGCUUCGAACGAACAGGAGCUUUCGCCAAACUGACUCGAUCGGGGAGUUACUUUCCGCGAUUUAUUUCGGUUGUUACAUCGCAUCAUUACAAGAUAACGCACCUUUUUCUCUCUCUCUCUCUCUCUCUCUCUCUAUUUCUCUCUCUUUCUCUCGUAUUUCAUAUUUUUCUUUUUUUUCUUUUUUUUCUUAUCAAAAGACGAGACACCUUUUCGAAUAUUUUUUUUCAACAAGCCCUUUCCGCGGUUUCGUUUCGGUCCCACUUUUCGACUUCUUACAGCAGACUUCCUCCUCAGCUCUUGUCCACAUACUCGUCCUCGUCCUUGUCCAAGUUAUCGUUCCAAUUUUGUUCGGAGGACAAAUACGAGAAACGAGAAACGAGAAGAAAAUAACUAUGCCCGUGGACGAAAAAGCAUCGUUAUUUUUCGUUUAGGAUAUCUCGAUAGAUUUACAGAUUUAUCGUUCCCAAACGAAGAAAGGAUUAAUAAUAAUCGGACGAGAGGAAAGGAUUCGCUACGGAAAGCGAAAAUGCCGGGGAGAUCGGCGGAUCUAUAUAAAUGGUUAUUCUUGGCAGGAUUGUUCUGCUGUUCGUCCUGUCAAAGUGUUUCUUCCACGUUUGAAAACAAGACUGGCCAGAAUGAGAGCAAACCGCGCGUGUUUUCGCUCAGAAUGGAUUACGACGAGUGGACGCCGCUUGGACGCGGCGAUCCCCUGAAGAACAAUCCUACCUUCGAUUACGUCCCCCCCGUGCUGGACAGGGUUCAAUAUUGGCUGGAUUCUCACACGACCGAGCCGUCCACUAAACGGGAUAUUCUCGUCCUCGGUGUAACCGCGAAGAAGACCAGCCCGAAGAUACCGGAGCAAUUCUUGAAAUUCGUGGACGGGCCGAAAUUCACGAGAUCGAGUCACCAGGAUUCCGUUUCCUCGUACAGGAACGACUUCACCGGGAGCACGGGGGCGGAACCGCCAAAACUGGUGCGGACGAGCAACUUUAGGAACGGGCCCCUCGACUACAGGAAUCAAAACAGGAUUCAAUCGAUACCGUCCAGCUACUACCCGAGCCCGUUCUACAAUCAAAAAACGAAACCUUACACGAUGAUGCUUCCCCCACCGUUGACGCAGAAAGACAAGAUCGUGAGCUUCGUCGAGCCCACUCAGCAAUUCAACACUCAAACGGAGGAAGGGCCGGUGCUUCAGGAUGCGCAGUUCUACGCGCCUCUAGCGCCCUCAAAGACGUACAAUCAAAAAUUGCAAACCUCGCAAUUGAAAUUCCCUCCGAGCAAAAGUCCGAUCUCCACGCAGGUGGAGACGAUCAAGAGCGUGUACGGGCCUUCGUCACCGCAAUCCACCAGACCGAAGCACGAAACCGCGACGACACCAUCCGUCUCCCUGGAAAAGUCCAAUUUGAUAUAUCAGUCGACCCAAACUCUUUCCGGCGGAUGGCCCCCCUCACCAGGUGGCGGCCCCUUAUCGACAUCGACCACGUCGAACGGUGUCCGCCAGGCCACGGAUUAUUCGGGCCGCGAUCAAUACGAAUCGAUCGACCACCAAGCGGCUGCAUCCUCGAAUCACGAGGUGGUCGUGGAACAAAACGCGAACAUAAUAGUCGACGGGGAUAGCAACGAGAACGAAGAGGUAGUGGUCGGUCAAAAAGGUGUGGAUACAGCGUCCCCUGUCACGAUCUCGAUGACGACUACCACGACGACCGACUCGGUCAACGAUGGAAACGAAAACGCGGAGGACGAGUCGAUCACAUCGCCCGAGAAGAUGCACAUCGUCGUCGCUAAUUCGCCUCACGGCCUCACCGAAACAGAGGCGACCCACGAGGCGAAAAAAGGGCCGGUGGCGGUGGUGAUGCCGGCCAAUUACUCGGAGAAAAAAGUGACUUACGCGACAUCUUCGAGCUCGGUGACGCCAGCGAUCACAGCGGUGGAGACAAUAGCGACCUCUAGUCUUCCGGAAAAUUCGACGACGAUGACGGAGACGGAAACGUCGAGGGUCGAGUUUCAACCGAUUCGAAAUUCGGCGAUCAGAGGAUCCUCGAUCGUCUCGGAGAAUUCUCAAUCCCUUUUAUCCCCGAACAAGAUGAUGUCGGGUGUUCAACAGCACGGGAUGCAUUUCCACUCGACGAUGGCUCCUCCAUUUUCGUCCCGGCGCCCCGUCGAUUCUUCUUUGCUCGGAUUCGGACCACCGCAAGCUCCCCUCUCCUCCAUGAUGCAUCCACAGACCAGGCCCAACCAUGGAACGAUGCACGUUGUCGGCGGUAUGCGUCCAACCGUCGGUUUCCGCGCUCCAGCCUCGAUGCCCAUGUUCCCACCGAUGACGCAUAUGCACGCGCCACCGCCUAUGAGAUCGACCAUCGAUCACGUGGACCAUCAGUCGGGGGCGCAUCGGUCGCCGCAGUUGCACAAUUUCCCCGCUAUGUCGCCCGACUCGCAGCCACUCCCUACUUUGACCGCGCACUCGAUCGGUCAAAGCGAGGAGCACUAUUUCGAUCGACACCGAUCCCGCAUUCCGGACACCAGCACCGCGUCCAUCUUCACCACGCCUACCGCACCUUCAUUCUUGCCUACCGUCUCGUCCUCGGCCGAGAACUCGCCCGUGCCUCUUUUCGACGGGCACACUCGACACUCGGAAAUGAUAGACCGUGCCCCGGUAAAAAUGGGCACGGAGGGAAAGAGGGAAGAGGAGGACGAAAAAGAGGAGGAAGAGAACCUAAAAAACGCAUCGACCACACCGCGAAUCACUACCAUGCCGAGCUUGACCACGGAUCCAAUUUUCUCCCAUUACAAACAACCGGCCAAACCUAUUCGUGGCCCGAUGUAUCUCAUCAUCCAAGGUCAUUCGAAGGUGAAGACUUACAAGCCCACGGUGAGCAAACACGGUAUACCUGUGGAGGGAAACGAGAUCUUCGAGGGAAGCGCGACCGAGAGGCAAUUGUCGAAAUUCGAACAAUUCGUCCAAGAGAACACGAGGAACAACAAUCGCGCGAACCAGGCUGUGAUCGAGAAGAAGAAAGCGGAGGAAAAAGCGCGUAGCGAGAAACUCGCGCGAGCGCGUCAGAAUGAUCUUAUGAGCCUGGUCGAGAGUGGUUUAGCUAGCUUCACCGUGCCACCUUCUUCCUCCACGACGGAGGACGAGCAUCGGGUAAACUCGGUGACAACGAUCGAGAUAAACGGCAAUUAAAACUGUUCCCGGUGGAGAAAGAUUUUUCUUUCAGACGUUACUUCCAAGUCCCACAGGAAUCCGACGUUCCACGUUCUACGCGUAGGAGAAACAGCCGUGAAAUGAACGACACGUCUUGGUCAAACAAACGAAUUUGCGGUAGCUAAUCAAAAUAUAAGAUGAGAACAAGGAUGCGAGGAAAGUUGGUUCGAUCGUAGCUUACUUGAUAAUAUGUAUUUAUUUAAUUCGCGUAGAAUUUCACUCGAUCGAAUUUCCUCACAAUUUUUCAUGCGUUGUUUAAUUAUUUUACUCAUGUAAUAUUACGUUCGUUAUCGCAGAGGCUCACCGUGGCAGAUCCGCGAGCUAUCGAUCUUAGCCACGGUCUCGUCUUCGAUACGAGAACGCGCGCCAAUUUCUAAUGUGCCAGUAUACGUAGACCAUGAGCGCGCGUGCAGAAUGAAUGCGUAUAAAUUAAUACACGCAUGCAUAUAUAUAUAUAUAUAUACACGUAUGUGAAAUAUAACAUUGUCACGUGUCGUGACAAAUUGCUCAACGAACCUGUUUCAAAGAUGUACACGAUUAUGUAAAUGACUUUUGAUAGAAUAUUAUUGCACACAAUCGAUCAUUAGAUAGAGGUUAGAAAAGUGUUUCAAUUGGUGCUGCUUGUUACUCGAACGAGUCGAUUGUAGUUUGAGCAUACAUGUGCAUAAAAGGAACAAUGUUGCUCGUGAGAAGUAUUUAUCGUAAUAUACAUAUAAUAAUUAACGCGAUCAACGUAUUUAUCAUAUCGUUAUAUUGUUCAACAUUUGUAUGCUCUCGAUUCUGCGCGAUCGAUAACUUAAUAAGUAAAAUGAUAAUUCUACGAAAACGUAAAACAGUAAUGUAAGAAUCAAAUUUAUAUAGAUGUUGUCAUUGCAACUUUGUAUUAUUAACGCUAAUUUUACGUCUAUCGAUCAUCGUGUUUGUUAUCGAUAUCCAAUAAUUGUAUUUCGUUCGUUUCAUUUUUAUUCGCUUGAAAUUGGUUGCGAUUGUAAUAACGGCGAUUGUGUCGCCGCCUGUUAUUCGAGUUGCACAUUUCGCGUUGUAUUUGCACGAGAUACAUCACUUAUUCAGACGUUAUAUAGUGAAAAAAGGACUAUUUGUGCGUGGUAUCGCGAUCGCUCGUGUACUCGAGAUUACAAAUGAUGAUGAGACAGAUUCAAAACAUCAUUUUCGUACGUACUCUAUGUAUAAGUGUGUACUUUGUUACGUAUGAUGAAUUGUACCUGACGGUCACACGUUUUGUUGAUUUUCCGUUUAUCAAUAAAUUAUCGCAUUAUCGGUUACCAUGUGUCUCGUAUAAAGCUUAGAUUCCAUAGAAUUGUGACUUGAUCGAACUUUGCAAAAUCGAUCCGUAAUCCGAAAAUAUGUCACGUAAUCGAUGCAUCGAUAAUUUUUUUAUCGAACAACAAUAGCAUUGAAUUGGAUCGAGGAGGAAAGGUAAUCGAUUACACGCCCAUUGGAUAAUUUAUAGCAAAUAAAGGUCUUCGGGAAUAUUCGUUUGAAAUUCAAAGCUGCCGAAAUGGUAUUUGGUUACGAUUUAUUGGCAUUAAUGAGCCUUAAUCCUCGAUUUCGAUUCGUUUUUGAUUCUUUGGAACUCUUCAAUGAAUAAGUUAAUGAAAAACGAAAAAAGAGAUACAAUUUUAUAUGGUAUAUAAUAAAACCGAUAAUCUGAUCGAACAUUUCGGAUAAGAUAUUACGUUUUUCAAACGAGAAAGUUUCAAUCCAAAUCGUGAAUCGUUGCAAUCACAAGAGCGAAAUAGUCAAAAUUGAGGAAUGACAAGAAGAAAGAGGUUAGAAAGAAUCGAGGAUUCAUAAAGAAUAUCAAUUUAAAAUUAAUUUAGUAUGUCGAUAACAUAAAUCUCUCGUUGAGAGAUUUCUGCUUUUGCGUAUAGAUGUACGUACAUGUCGAGAAAAAAAUCGAUGAAAUAUACCGAUACAUAGAAGAGAGCCGACUCUACCGGCCUCAUUGCACCACUGUGGAAACUAGAAACCAGCCGUAAAAACUAACCCAAUAUCGGUGUCUCCGUACCUCUCUCUAUGCCUCUUCUCUAUGCCCCUUCCGAGUCCUCUUUGGCCUUGCUUGGAACCCACGCAUAUCUCUAGCUUUCCGGCUAUCGAUGCGUCCGGAAUUAUCAAGAAGACUAUAAAAAAGUUUAAUUUCAUUCUAAAUCAAAAAAUAAAGAGACAGGGAAAAUGAGAAAUCAGCGAUGCUGGGAAAUUGAACAUUAUCCUAAAAAUUUAAAUGGAAAAAAAAAUUUUCUAAAGUUUCCACGAGUCACAUAAGAUCUUUUUCGAAAAAAUAUAUAUACACGAAUAUAUACCAUAUUACAUAACUUUUCUUUCGAAACUUUCUUUUUUACAUACUACGUAUAUAUAUAUUUCUUUUUAUCGGAAUUACAGUUUCCUUCGAUUCUAUUUUUCAACGAAUAUCUAUUUACUUCGAAGUGGAUACAAUGGAAAUGUAGGUAUGUAGUGGCGACGAGUGGCUCAGACCGGUAAACUCGUGGAAAGAAACAAAAUAGUAAAAUACGUGAGUUCCAGAAACACACUGACGACUCGCCGUUUCCUCGUAUAGAUGGCUUCCUGUCGCACGAAUACCGAUUGUCUUCCUCUCAUCCAUACGUAUGAGAGACCAACCGACUAGCUGCUUUUAUCCGCUAUUUACAGCCGAACAACUAACGAGUUCUGUGCGACACAUCUCACUCGACUUUCAAUAACCUUAUUGGAAUGCUUCAUGGAAUGCGAAAAUUGCAUUGUUUGUCGCGAUGCAUUCGCAGUUUAUCACAAAUUGAAAAUAUAUUAACAGUAAUUAAAUUUCAUUCUAUGCAUUUUUUUCUAACCAUCAUGAGAUAAAAGAUAGAAUAUAUUUUUCCUCAUCUCUCAUCUAUAUUCGAAUCCUCUUGAUUUUUCUUCGAUUUUUUUCCUCUCAAUUCCUUGCACUUAAUGUUAAUUUCUCUUUACACAAGUUCUUCCAAUUAUCGUUCACCUGUACGCUAUGAACGAUGUUAUGAUCGAUCGAACCACUUCACGUCACGCGAUAUCUUAUCAAAUAGUAAAAGUGUUCAGAAUGUGAAAGUGGAAUAGGAAUUACAUCCUGGUCGGGUGAAGCAAGUUCGUAUUACAUAUCUCGUCGCGUGUCGUAAGAUACAGGUUGAUUACAAUUAAGUUCGAUCCGCAAAAAGAACGUUAAGUGGACAGAUUCGAAAAACAUCCGUUGUUUACCAUUAGUCAUUGAAUACCAAAAGAAGAGAAAGUCAACCAUAGAUUUGAACUGCGCGAGGAAAGUGUCGCUUUGAUUCCGGGUACGCCAUUUUUUCCUUACUAUCUUUUAUUCACUUGUAAUUAAACACUAAAGUAUUUGUUCGAAGAAAUUAGAAAAAUAAUUGCUUCGCUUUAAGUU